AUGGAACACUCCUGUCCACGAAAAAUUCUACUACAGCGAAAUCCAACGCGUAGCCUCCAUGUCAAAACCCCUAACAGUCCGAAAAAUCGACCUGGAAAUUCAAUCGGACUUUUCAAGUCCCUCUUCAAGCUCAGAACCAAAGACCGAUUCCAAAACGACCGACAGCAUUUCAAAAAGCCUCCUGAGAAAAUCAGUGAGGCGAAAAGAAGCGCUGAAACGCUUUUUCGACAACUUGACAAAGUUGAAAGGCUCUUUCGAUUUAUAAAGAGGGACAAUUACAACUCCGUCGCGGUACCAUCUUCGCUGCUUAGUUCCAGCGAGUACUACUGCCCCGCAAACGCAUUCCGCCGCGAAAUGUCAUCAACAAGUUGCAGUACAGAAUACGAGUUCCAGCUCACCACUCAAAUGGACACCUUCACCGAAGAAUAUCAAAAAGGCGAGGAGCUAAUGAUCUACUUCGACGAGUUAUCGGAUGCCUCCCUCGGCUCGUUAGUCGAUGAACAACACGAAAAAUUGGACUCGCUCGAGUCGCAAAUCUGCAACGACGAGUACUACGAAGAGAUUUGGACUGCGGAAAUGGAAGAACACGAGCAUUUUCACUGA